CUGGCUAACGUUGCAGUGCGCGCCUGACACCAACAUGAACUCCGUCUUGCUCCUCGCUCUUCUCCUAGCGCCGGCGGUGCUGGGCGGCGUGUCGAUCCUGUUCCCGCUGCCGGCCCCGCGCGACCCCUACCACGAGCUGCACCUGCCGCGCGACCCGCCACUCUACCCGCAGCUGCACUCGCCGCCGCACACCGCCUUCUCCUGCGCCGGCCGCUCCUGGGGGCUCUACGCAGACGUCGAUGCUGCCUGCCAGGCUUUCCACUUGUGCAGACAAGACAGUUUGGUCAGCAGCUUCCUUUGUCCCAACGGAACCCUUUUCAACCAGCAGUUCCAAGUGUGUGACCAGUUUUAUAACGUACGCUGUGGAGUGCCACUCGAGGAUCUGUAGAAAUCCAUUUGGGCCACUUCACAUCCUGAAUUACGUAAUGGUAAUGAAUUCGUAUGGCCGCUCACAUUAAUACAAGCCUCCCCUGUGAGCGUCAUCUUCCUGUAAAUAAUUUUUUUUCUUUUGGAAAACUGGUGCGGAAAGGAGUUUCUAUAUUUCAUCAGUAAUGAAUAAAGUACUAUGUUGCUAUGCAAUGAGCUGUAAAAAUGUAAAUAACAACCGCUGAUUUAGUGUCAGCGGUAGGAAACUGGAAUUCCUUGUUUUAACUGUAAAUAAUAAAACUUCCUAUUUAUUGCUAGUUCUUCGUAUUAUUAGUUUGGACUAACCGAUGGAAACGUAUUAUCGAAGCUAUUCAUUCAUGUAUAAAAACAGAACCUUCCUAAUUAUUUAUGUUUCUGUAUGCCACAUAAAAUAAGACAUAAAAUACCAUGAUAUCGUUAGUUACAACAAUUUAUGGAUCAGUAAGAAAAAAAUUAAUGAUGGGAACUAUAUGCUGCCAAAAAAGUUCAUCCUCUCUCUCGCUCUCAAACGACAUUUCACUCUGUUAUGCACUAAUUUAAUAUGCUUAUAUCGAAAUAAUUUUUUAUUAUUAAAUUUCAACGUCGAUAUUAGAUUGCUCAUUAACAUUAUAUAGCUAAAUUCACUAUAUUUAUUGUGUUCGAAAGAGAAAUGUGGUUUUGUUUGUAAGUUUACUUGUACUUCUUCUUUUUAUCUGUUUAAUUUAUUAGAAUGUAGUGUAAUACAAAAUGGUUGCGUGUGUGUUGUAUGAAAAUUCUAAA